AUGGCGCUGGUGCUGGGAGCCGUGUUGCUGGCGGCGAGCGCCGCGGUCCCACCGGCGCUGCCGGCUCCCCGCGACCUGGCUCGUUCGGUGCUGGAGACCCACGGGCAGGAGCUGAGGCUGCUCAAACUGCUGGGAGUCACCAGGACGAUAUUCGACUGGGGCACCCAUUUCAGCAUCAACUUCACCGCCCGGCAGCCCGCCUGCCCCAAAAACCUCCCUGACCGCCGCGGUGCCGGCUGCCAAGCCCGGCCGGGCAGGGUACAGCGGUGCACGGCCCAGGUCUCCGUCUUCACCUUCCUGCCCGACGUGCCACUGUCGAUGGUGGAGUGCGGCCAGGAGCCGCCGGUUCUUAUCCAGCGGGGCCGGUUCGGGCGCUUCCUGAGCAGAAUCCGGCGCAUUCGGCCCAGGAUCAACUUCGACAUUCGGGCUAGGGGCUCCAUCCGCUUGGGGUGA